GUUUGUCCCACGCUUACUUCGUCCAUCACGUAUAUUGCUUCCUGUAUUAGAUAUCGGGAAUUCCACGGGGUUUGGAUUUUCAGGCUCAACGGUUUUCGAUCUAUGAUUAACGAAUAUAGAAGACAUGCGGACGAACAGCCUAUCUCACAGCAUUAAUAUUGCAUCCUUCGAGAACGUUAACAUGCAAUUAAAACAUCAACGCUGUGUCCUAGGACCUGCAUCAAUGUUACAGCGCAGUGUCGCAAUUGUCCACACUCCUGGGACACUAAUAAUAACAGGAUCUAUCACAGGCAUUUCCCUGUAUGAUAACUUGCACCAUUUUUUCCUUUAUAACUUUGAUACGUUAUUCAGCCUACAGACCACUGGUACCAUGCCUUCCCAUACUGGAGUCAGUGACACCGUGAUUUCUCACAACGAAGGAUCUGGCCAAGAACAACGGGCCCUCCCCGAAGUUCAUCGUUCAAUAUCCCUUGCGACGAGAUUACUCUGUUUUCUGGCGUUUGGAAACCCAUCAUUCGAUAAUCACUAUAUUUCUCUGCAAUCAGAUGAAGCCUUCGAAGCAUCUAGGAACAAGUUGAUCACUAUCCUUGCCACCACUUUUGGCGCGGCAAGUGUCCUCCUUGCCGCCAACAUUGCUUUGCUAAGUGUUGGAUCUCCUGCGCCAUGGUUUGAUUAUACAACAAUUGGCUCGUACUCUUCGUUGUUUGUGUCACUUAUGCUGGCUAUGAUCGCAACAAUAACGUCUGCCUCGAGCACGAUACGUUGGCAAUAUAUCGAUCGUCGCUGGAUUCAAGAACAACUCCAGCAAAGCGGCUAUUUUAUCUUCUCCUAUCUGCUAUCAAUAGUAAUGCCCACAUUGCUCGUUUUUUCGUCCCUGAAUUCCUUCAUACUUGGUGAGUUACUCCGUUAUUUGGUUUUUCUAUGAUCCUUCAUACAUUUUACCCCCAGCGAUGUUGAUAGCCGGCUUUUCAUCUCAAAGCACUGUCUGCCGUGCCGUCACUGCGUUCUGUCUAGCGAUAUAUCUCGUCAACGUUGCGAUAAUGGUGAUGGAAAAUAUAUGGAGAUAUAUCACAAGUAUCGAUCGCCAGUAGGAACAGCACGAGGGGAUGUCUUCGAUGUCGCGGAACUUGUCGAUUGUUCAUGCCACUGAUUCCAAUGUGCACACUGGACAAGGACACAGGACAUAAGCCAAGCUAAGCUAUAGGGCAGACAAUGCGUGUUUUGAACGC